GGGGACCCGACUAACUCAUCUUUUCCCGAUCGUCAGGACCCUAAAGAAUGGCCGAGCCUUUGGGGAACGAGCUGGCGUCCGCAGCUGCCAGGGGCGACCUAGAGCAACUCACUAAUUUGUUGCAAAAUAAUGUGAGCGCCAAUGCAGAAAAUGGAUUUGGAAGGACGGCGCUGCAGGUGAUGAAGCUCGGAAACCCGGAGAUCGCGCGGAGGCUUCUACUGCGCGGUGCCAAUCCGGACCUGAAGGACCGCACGGGCUUCGCGGUCCUGCACGAUGCUGCCCGGGCCGGCUUUCUGGACACCUUACAGACUCUGCUGGAGUUCCAGGCCGACGUGAACGUGGAGGAUAGCGAGGGCAACCUGCCGCUGCACCUGGCGGCCCGCGAGGGCCACCUGCCCGUCGUGGAGUUCCUGCUCCGACACACUGCCUGCAGAGUGGACCACCGGAACCACCAGGGAGACACCGCUUGCGACGUGGCCCGCCUCUACCGCCGGGACGCCGUGGUACGACUUCUGGAGGCCGGCAGGCCCGACGACGCGGCCCCGCUCCCGGGCGGCCCGGCGCCCGCCACUUCGGCCCCAGCCGCCGCAGCCGAGCCGCCCUAGAAGUCCCAAGGCUAGGCCGGCUACUGCUCCGGCGCCGCACCUUCCCUCCGUGUUCUGCUGCCCAGUCUGACUGUUUGCGUGCGUGCCGGGGAUUACUGCGCUCUCCCACUGCCUUUUAAGCAAAUAGUCAAAGCCUCAAACUACGGAGGUGGGAUUCUUACGAAAGAUUUAUGAAUAUAUUUAAAAAGGCUUCCAAUUCGCCUGCAAACACCUCCCUCCCCACCCCACCCCCACCCACCCCCAGAGACCUAAUAUCUGCUUGCAAAACUGCUUUGGUCUCCUCCGGAAUAUAGAGUUUCCUUCUUCCUCAAUUUCCAGCCUCAACCCACCUCAGCCCUCACCUCCCUAACCCCUCUGAUCCCCUUGCCUAUUCCCCCCACUACUUUGCAACUUCGUUUUCAAAGAGUCUAUCUAUAUCCUGAUGCUUCUUUUGCCUAAUUAAAACUCUUUUAAAAUGGGACAAAUGUUUUCAGUGAUUUCUUCCUCCAUUCCCACUUUCCUCUCCUCUCUGCUAUGAUUGUACCCAGGAAGGCUUUAUUCAAAGUGUGUGAGAGUUUAUUGGGUGGAUUCUGUUCAAAUAACAUCACAGGCCCUAGAACUGGCAAGGACUUUAUAAAUCAUCUAUGUGCAACCCUCUCAUUUUACAGUUGAGGAAACUAAGGCCCAUGGAAGUGUCCAGUGGUCUAUUACACAUAGGGCUUAGAGCUGUAAGGGGUUUCUGAGUUGGAUGGUCGUGUACACUUUCAUUCUCCUUUUACAGAAGCAGAAAGUGAAGCCCCGAGAGGGGAAGUGACUUAACCAGAAGACAGGUGGAAGCAAAGUGAGAAUCCUCGAGCCCAGGUUUCUUCUAGACCCAAAUGCAGUUUAUGUCUCUUUCCACCUCUCUAUUCUAUGUUCAGUUGAGGACUUCCUUUCUCUUUAACCCCCUCCUUCUCCCAAAAAAGAACGUGGUGGAUGGCCACCGUUCCCGGUGGAGAAUCCCCCCAAACUGUUUCCCAUAAGUUUGUGAUAUUUUUUCUGGGAUUCUCUUCAAGCCAGAAUUAAUUGCUAUGGGGUCGAGAACCAGUCUCUGAUACAAAGAAGUGAUAAAAAGAUAUAGUGUAGCUAUAGAAAACCCCUGCAGUCUUUUUACAGGCAGUCUGCUCUUCAGACUUUCUUCACUUUAAAAAUCACUUCUCAGAAUGAAAUGGAUUUCAAGGAGUUUGGUUUCCAAAGUCUGCACUGCAUGUCCACUAAGAAAGAGGCCAGCCCUGGUUGGUCCUCAGUUUCAGCAAACCUCAAAAUGUUGGAUAAGCAUCGAAUACAUGUGUCCAGAUGUUGCCUUCUAGCAGGAAGUUCAGCUACAUAUUAAACCAUUUUCGAAAUUAUUCUCUGAAUUGCAAUUGUAAAUGGAGGGAACUCUAUAAAUGUCACUCUCCAUGUUGAGGUUUCUGUUUUGUUUUCGUAAAAGGCAAGGCAACAAGCAUUUAUUAAGCACUUUUUGUGUGCGGGGAGCUGUGCUAAAUAAAGAAUCUGGCCAAUAA